GAUAGCGUCAUCGACGGACGUAACCGCGAAGUUUGAUAACUCAGCAACUUUCUCUCUCGGACGAACUGGCGGGCGAUCGACUACAGAGCUACGGCAUACAGCACAGCCUCACUCCGCCAUAGCCAGCGAACCGAUACGUUCGUGGCGGACGGCGCGUACUUGCCAUCUACCUGCAAUCUCGCAACGCGCAACGAGAAAAAUACUAAACAGUAGUUGUGCUACGAAAUCUGAAUCAAUCGUGUUUGUUUGUUGUUUUAAUGUUUUAAGUGAUUUUUUUCCCGUUCAAUUGUUGAUUGCCAAUAUGGGAGAUUUUACAAGAUCGAGAAGAAGUCUAUUGUUGCUGACAUUUGUGUUGGUGGAGACACUAGCGCAGACAAACAGAAUAGAAGACACAAAUAUUCAAUCAGUGCCAAGUGAUCUACGGCGAGUUGUGAGUGAAGCAUUAGCCUUAGAAAGAAGGUUUCUAUUAGGUUCUAACGACAUACAAAAUUGUACAUCUGAGGAGAAUGAAAUAAGCACGACUCCAUGCCCGCCCAGCAAGUACCGUAGUGCAAGUGGUGAAUGCAACAACGUGCGCCACAGGCCGUGGGGGCGCAGAGGCGACGUGUUUCUCAGAUUAUUGCGUCCACACUACGCUGAUGGAAUAUCCCAGCCGCUGUCACCGCCACAAAUGCCAGAACCGGCUCUUGCCGUUCAAGCCGCUGCUCAACUCACAGAACCCGCUGAGCACGAUUACGUCACCAGCUUACUAGCGGCGUGGGGACAGUUUCUUAUGAACGACUUAAUAGCCACAGCCAAUGGAAAUAAGAAAUGUGACUCCUCUAACUGCGAAUACAUUCGCUCUGCACCGGCAAGAAACCUCGACUCAUGUGGCUUCGAGUUCCGUGACCAAAUGAACUUGGCGACCUCAGUUCUCGACGGUUCGGCAUUGUACGGCAGCUCAGAGAAAGAGCUUCGCUCGCUUCGGCUCUAUGACGCCGGAAAACUCGACUUAGCUUCUUGUCGCAAGUGCAACGAUGGCUUACCUACCGCUCCUCUAUACAAGGCUCUUUUGUUUGAACACAACCGGAUCGCUGGCGAGCUCUAUUUCAUGAAUCCUUUCUGGGAUGACAUUACUCUAUUCCUGGAAGCAAGACGAGCAGUUGCAGCUGAGAUCCAACACAUUACGUUCAACGAGUUCUUGCCAGUACUACUGGGAGAAGUUGGCAUGGCCAAAGCGGAACUGAAGCUAACGUCCCUAGGCUUCUGGAGGGGAUACUCCAGUGCAAAUCGUGCCGGUGCAUACGCUGAACUGAUCUCAGUCGCUCCUAUAUUUAGUGCAAUGAUGCAUGAAAAACUGAUCAAUGAAACGGUAUCUGUAAUGGAUUUGGUGAAGACAAGCGCAUAUAAAGUAUCGAAAUUCCCACCUUCAUCACAGUGGGAUUUGAACCGUUCCCGUGACCACGGAGUUGCAUCUUACUUAAAAGCCCUCCGACUUUGUGACCCUAUGCUUAAUGUGAAAUCAUAUGCAGACUUCGAAAAGCUCGGAUUUAACAGAGCACAACAAGAAAUGAUGGCUGACAUGUACAGGAACGUUGAAGACGUGGAGCUAAUGAUUGGAGGCGCUAUGGAAAAACCAGCAUCUGGAGCAGUAGUUGGUUCAACCUUCGCAUGUGUUUUGGCUCUACAAUUUGCGAAUUUGAAAAAGAGUGAUAGAUUCUGGUAUGAAAACGACAUCCCUCCUUCCUCGUUCUCCCCCGAGCAGUUGGGAGCUAUCCGAAAAGUUUCACUCGCUGGUCUUUUAUGUGGCGCUGAAGAAAAGCUUGGCAAUAUUCAACCCAAAGCCUUUGUCAAAGAAGAUCCUUACUUGAAUGCAGCACAACACUGCUCCCAGCACAGCCGUUUAGAACUGAACGCGUGGCGUGAUGAGACCGGUGCUAAAGCGGCAGAAAGGUUAUCGCAGGACAUGCUUGCAGCUGCACUCGAAAAAGCGAAGCACGAAAUGGCCGAUAGAAAAAAACUAGAAUAUAUGCUCUGGGAAUCACGUGGUGGCGCUGAUCCGAAGUCUCCAGUUGGAACAGCAGCAUCCUUCUCGAAAGCUAACAAAUAUGCGUUGAAACUCGCCAACACUUCUCUUUUCUUAGAAUUCGCAACAAAUGAACUUUUGAAUUCCGUCAACACGAGUCACCGUCGUAAACGACAGGUCUUUGAUGACUCACUCAGCUUCGCCUCCAACGAUUUCGUAGACUCCCUUCAAUCUGUAGAUGUGAGCAGUUUCGUGAGUCAAGACCAGUUUGGACCCACCAUCGAGCCCCAAUGCGAUGAUAUUGGCAGCUGUGAUGCCAAUAGCCCCUUCAGAACAUAUACCGGCUACUGCAAUAAUUUGCGAAACCCUAACUUGGGUAAAAGUUUGACUACCUUCGCUAGAUUACUGCCACCGGUGUACGAAGAUGGCGUUAGCAGACCGCGCAUCAAUUCAGUAACAGGAACACCGCUGCCAUCUCCACGUGUAAUAUCCACUGUCAUUCAUCCUGAUAUCUCCAAUCUACACACGCGGUAUACGCUUAUGGUCAUGCAGUUCGCACAAUUCCUUGACCACGAGCUAACUAUGACACCAAUUCAUAAAGGUUUCCACGAAUCUAUCCCGGAUUGCCGCUCUUGUGACUCUCCACGCACCGUUCACCCGGAAUGUAAUCCCUUCCCCGUGCCAAGGGGAGACCACUACUACCCUGAAGUUAACAUUACCUCAGGAGAACGGCUGUGUUUCCCUUUCAUGAGAAGUUUGCCUGGACAGCAGCAUUUAGGUCCACGCGAGCAAGUAAAUCAGAACACGGCAUUUAUCGACGCAUCCGUAAUAUACGGGGAGAACCCGUGUAUAGUGCGCAAGCUGCGAGGUUUCAAUGGGCGUCUGAACGCUACGGCGCACCCGCUCAACGGACGCGAUUUACUGCCGCGUUCCGACAACCAUCCAGAGUGCAAGGCGCCUAGCGGAUUUUGUUUCAUUGCUGGUGAUGGCAGAGCGUCAGAACAGCCGGGUCUUACUGCAAUCCACACGAUCUUCCUCCGUGAACACAACCGGCUGGUGGAAGGCCUAAGAGGAGUAAACCCUCAUUGGGACGCGGAGCUACUGUUUGAACACACGCGACGCAUCCUUGCUGCUGAAUUCACGCAUAUCAUCUACAACGAGUUCCUGCCAAGAUUGCUUUCCUGGAAUGCCGUCAAUCUCUAUGGAUUGAAGUUGCUACCUUCAGGUUACUACAAGGAGUAUUCGCCAACUUGCAACCCGGCAAUAGUAUCUGAAUUCGCGUCGGCCGCAUUCCGUUUCGGGCACUCACUGCUGCGACCGCACCUGCCCCGCUUGUCGCCCAACUUCCAGCCCGUCGAGCCGCCCAUACUGCUGCGUGACGGUUUCUUCAAGCCCGAUAUGUUCAUGAGUCACCCACAAAUGGUAGAUGAAUUAAUGCGCGGUCUAUCUUCUACUCCUAUGGAAACCCUCGAUCAGUUUAUCACUGGUGAAGUUACCAACCAUUUGUUCGAAGAUCGUCGUAUUCCCUUCUCUGGAGUCGAUCUGAUAGCUCUUAACAUCCAACGAGCAAGAGACCACGGAAUACCGAGCUACAAUAACUACAGAGCUCUUUGCAAUUUAAAGAGAGCGGCUACUUUCGAAGACUUGUCACGGGAAAUACCGGAUGAAGUAAUUGCCAGAUUGAAGAGGAUCUACCCGACGGUUGAUGACAUUGACCUGUUCCCGGGAGGCAUGAGUGAGCGACCGUUGCAAGGAGGGUUGGUAGGACCAACUUUUGCGUGCAUCAUUGCUAUUCAGUUCAGACAGCUUAGAAAAUGCGAUCGCUUCUGGUAUGAAAACGACAACCCAGCAGCGAAGUUUACAGAACGACAGCUGGCCGAAAUCCGUAAAGUUACGAUGUCGAAGAUUAUGUGUGACAACUUUGAUGUGCAAAGCGACGUUCAACGUGCUGCUUUCGAUUUGCCGAGCAACUUCUUAAAUCCCCGCGUGCCUUGCUCAUCAUUGCCUAAGCUGGAUUUGUCAGCGUGGAGAGAAAGUUCGGCGCAAGGCUGUAUGAUCGCGGGCCGAUCAGUUGCUGUCGGCGAGUCCGCUUUUCCCUCUCCGUGUACAUCAUGCAUCUGCUCUCCUGAAGGGGCGCAGUGCGCGUCGCUGCGAAUCACCGACUGCGCGCAGUUGGCGCGCGAGUGGCCGCGCGAGGCGGUCCUGCGCGACGACGUGUGCACCGCGCAGUGCGGCGCGCUGGCGCCUCCCGCGCACAACGCCCAGCGACGACCGCCGCUCAACUUCAAGUUCCCCGACCUGUCGCCCUUUAUAGCCAAGUGAACACACUACGAGGGUACUCUCUCGCCACAUGUACAAGUGCUAUUUAAGCUAGUUAAACCAAUUUAUAGCGAUAUGUCAAUCGUAGUUGUACGAUCGCAUCGCAACCCCAAGGCGCCGGGUUAAUUUAAUUUCCUAGUGUCUAGUGUAUUUUUAACGCAAAUAUUAAAAACAUUUUUUGGUCUUUUAAUUCGGCUAUGCAUAUAAAUUAUAUGCAAUAAACUUACGUUUGUUUAUAAACCUUAAAAUAUGUUUUUAUAAAUUUGGAUGUACUUAAUUGCAUGUAAAUAUCGGUGUAAAUUAUUUAAUUUAAAUAGGUACAUAGGUAUGUACCAGAAUUUAGAUUUAAUACCCAUAGUGACAUUAUACAGGGUUAUUUUGCAAUAACCGGCCAAAUUUGCAAAAGGUUCAGAAUAAGUAAUAUAGGCAAGUGAUGAAGAAAAAUUAGUUAUAAAGAAUCUCAAACAUUCUGUUCUUUUUAUCUUUGAAAUUCAAAAUGCAUGCUAAUGCAUUAUUUUCAAUGAUUUACGUAAGGAUCGAUCGGUAGGCAAAAACGUUGUUGUCCAUAAAUCAUAUUCAAUUUGGGAUAAUUUCAAAUAAAAGUACAAGCCUUACUCGUAUUUGCAAAAAUUGCAAUAACGGUAUAUCGUUAUUUGUAAAUUUAAAAUUUGACUACUCUUUGAUAAAUAACCCUGUAUAAAAGUGAAAGACAAAAUAUUAUACAAAUCAAGGUGAUGAUCAAUAGAUGGAUGAUCAUGCUAAGGCUUAUUAUUGUUUAAUAAUUACAUUAUUUUCUGCAUUUUUACGGAAAAUCUAAACUUAUUAUAAAGUGAACGUUGUAAUGUUAUUAUACUAGCAGACAAUUUUUUAUGUGGUAUAAUAUAAGAUACAAUAGUAUACUUUUAUAAAUAUGUAUCUUCUAUUUUCUAAUUAUCUCAUCUGUCGGUUUGAAAAUCUUUGUAAUGUGACGCAUCGACAUAUUGUGAAGAAAUUUCUAAACAAAUAAUUAGAAGCAUAGCCAGCAGAUAGUCGAUGACGACUCAAAUAUCAAGGCGCAUAAAAAGCAAAAUACUUUAUGAAAGUAAUGAGGCGAUUAUAAUAAUUAAUAAUGGUCCCAUUGUUCCAUUCAUUUCUAAGAGGGCAAGUGUCCGCCGCGCUGCCCAAGGCAUGUUGGCGAUCUUCACAAGUCUUCAAAAUAUAUAUUUUUUAUAUUUAAUUUCUGAGACAUACAAGUUUCCUUACAAUGUUUUAUUUCACCGUCGAGCACGUGACAAAUCGGUUUUUAAAACUGCAAUUAACUAAUUUCAUUGGUUACGGCGGGUAGCCUCUGAGCUACUACGGCUCUCAAGUAACUGGAGUAAUAUAAUUUAAUAUCACCAUCGCAGCACUUGCUUCAUCGUUUCCACUAAUACUUUACGUACGCAGACAUUUAAUACACAAAAUUGCAAGCGUUUAUGCAUACAAAUCCAGUCCAAACCAUUAUUUUAACGACAAUACGGGAACAGCUACCCACCGGAGGUUCCCGCCAAAACUUCCUACCAAAGUAUUUACCCAGUUGAAAACUCUUAGACAUUUAUUUCAAAGUAGGUACUGUAAUAUAUCUCUUUACUCAUGAUAUGAAAAUUAUGAAAUAAUAUAGGGCCAUUUUUAGCUUUAAUGAACGAGACAAAAUACGUAAGGUUAGUUAUAAUUCGCUAGUGUUUACCAGUAUUGCAACACCUACCUACUCAAUGUUACCAUUACAUUAUUAGAUUCAAUAAACUUAAUACGUAAUUAUAACAUGUACGUAGCGUAAAAAUAAGCAGUUUCCUUUGUUGAUUAUGAUAAUACACUGCCUAGUGAUGUGCCUAGGAUUCUAGAACUUGUAAAUUAUUUUUGUAAAAUAUCGGCAUAAUUAUUAAUAAUUAGUUUUUGUACGUCAUAGUUUUAACUAUUAUAAUUUUAAAAAUACAAAUCUCACCAAUUAUUU